AUGACACAGAGCCUGUCGGGCCCGCGCACUCUUGGCAAAGUUUCAGUGCGACGAGAGGCGCCGGGCGCUCCAUGGCAGCGCCGUAACGGGGACCCAGUCGCCUCCCCGCCCAGCCCAGCCCAGCCCUUCCGCCCGCCCAGGAUGGAGGCGCCCGCCAGCGCGCAGACCCCGCACCCGCACGAGCCCAUCAGCUUCGGCAUCGACCAGAUCCUCAACAGCCCGGACCAGGACAGCGCACCAGCCCCGCGGGGCCCCGACGGCGCCAACUACCUGGGAGGGCCCCCCGGGGGCCGUCCGGGCGCCACAUACCCGUCUCUGCCCACCUCCUUUGCCGGCCUCGGCGCGCCCUUCGAGGACGCGGGAUCUUACAGUGUCAACCUGAGCCUGGCGCCCGCCGGCGUGAUACGAGUGCCAGCGCACAGGCCGCUUCCCGGGGCCGUGCCGCCGCCUCUGCCUAGCGCGCUGCCUGCCAUGCCCUCCGUGCCCACGGUCUCCAGCCUGGGCGGCCUCAAUUUCCCCUGGAUGGAGAGCAGCCGCCGCUUCGUAAAAGACCGUUUCACAGCGGCGGCGGCGCUCACGCCCUUCACCGUGACCCGGCGCAUCGGCCACCCUUACCAGAACAGGACGCCGCCCAAGCGUAAGAAGCCGCGCACGUCCUUUUCUCGGGUGCAGAUCUGCGAGCUGGAAAAGCGCUUCCACCGCCAGAAGUAUCUGGCCUCGGCCGAGAGGGCGGCGCUCGCUAAGUCCCUCAAAAUGACGGAUGCGCAGGUCAAGACCUGGUUCCAAAACCGGAGGACCAAGUGGCGGCGGCAGACGGCGGAGGAGCGGGAGGCGGAGCGGCAGCAGGCGAGUCGGCUCAUGCUGCAGCUGCAACACGACGCCUUCCAAAAGAGCCUCAACGACUCUAUCCAGCCCGACCCGCUCUGUCUGCACAACUCUUCGCUCUUUGCUCUGCAGAAUCUGCAGCCCUGGGAGGAGGAUAGCUCCAAGGUCCCCGCCGUCACCUCUCUGGUGUGA